ACCGCCGCCCAGACAUGGACGUGUUCUCGCUGGCGGCGUGCGGCGUCUGUGUGCUGGUCCUCUUGUACGUGUCCUGUCCGAGACGACCGACCAACUUCCCUCCAGGUCCCCGCUGGCUGCCCCUGGUCGGCAGCCUGCCCCAGCUGCGGCGACUCUCGCGGCGGCUGGGCCACAUGCACCUGGCGCUGCUGAAGCUGUCCGAGCUCCACGACAGCCCCGUCGUGGGGCUGAAGCUGGGCGGGCGCGCCGUCGUGUGCGUGGGCUCCUGGGACCUCGUGAAGCGCGUGCUGACCGGGGACGAGUUCGCCGGCCGGCCCGACUCCUUCUUCAGCCGCCUGCGCUCCAUGGGCACGCGCCGAGGGAUCACGUUCACUGAUGGCCCGCUGUGGCGGGAGCAGCGCCACUUCGUGUCGCGCCAGCUGCGGCAGCUGGGGCUGGGCAAGCGGCCCAUGGAGCGAGCCGUGUUGGAGGAGCUGGCGCAGCUGACGGCCGCCCUGGGCGCCGAGCAGGGCCCCGUGAGCCUGGCGCCGCACCUCUCCACGGCCGUGCUGAACGUGCUGCUGACCCUGGUGGCGGGCGCGCGCUUCAGCCACGGCGACCCACGGCUGCUCGGCGUGCUGGCGCUGAUGGAGCGGCGCGCACGCUGCCUGGACGCCGCGGGCGGGGUGCUGAGCCACGCCCCCUGGCUGCGGCACUUCCUGCCGGGCCUCACUGGCUACUCCCUGCUGCUGCAGCUCAACGCCGAGCUGUCUCGCGUGCUCACGGAUAUUAUUGAUGCCCAUAAACUAACUUACAACCAAGACGAAACCAGAGAUCUCAUCGAUGCUUUCAUCGGCGAAAUGAGGAAGAACGGAGACACGCCAUCCACGUUCACAGAGGACCAGCUGCUGAUGGUGUGCGUGGACCUGUUCAUCGCCGGCUCGCAGACCACCAGCUCGCAGCUGGGCUUCGCGCUGCAGCAGAUUCUGCUGCGGCCCGAGGUGCAGGCCCGCGUCCACGCCGAGCUGGACGGCGUCCUGGGGGCCGACGAGGCCCCGCGCCUCGAGCACCAGGACAGGUGCGCGCUUGUGCUUGUGCUUGUGCGUGUGCUUGUGCGUGUGUUUGUGCGUGUGCUUGUGCGUGUGCUGCUGCGGCCCGAGGUGCAGGCCCGCGUCCACGCCGAGCUGGACGGCGUCCUGGGGGCCGACGAGGCCCCGCGCCUCGAGCACCAGGACAGGCUGCCGUACACGUGUGCCGUGUUGCUGGAAGUCCAGAGGAUGUAUCCAGUGGUCCCAGUUUCAGGACCUCGGCGAGUGCUGAAAGACACGAAACUCCUCAAUUACGACAUACCCAAGGACACCACGGUGCUGUUGAACCUGUGGCCCGUGCACAUGGACGAGGGGCACUGGGGAGACCCGCGCAGCUUCCGGCCGGAGCGGUUCCUGGACCGCUCCGGCGCCGUCGCCGCGGACAGCUGGCUGCUCACCUUCGGCCUCGGGAAGAGGCGUUGCCUGGGCGAGGCGCUGGCCAGGAGCUGUCUGUUCACCUUCUUCGCGGGCAUCCUGCAGCGCUACCAGCUGCUGCGGGCCCCAGGGCAGCAGCUGCCCCGGGACGAGCCCCGCCCAGGCCUCACCAUGUCCCCGCAGCCCUACUCCGUGCUGCUGAGGCCGCGACAGCCGACCACUCAUUGCCACUAGCGGUCCUCGUCCGCUGCCUAGCGGCCGGCCGGGGAAAACUGUACCGUCGGUUCAGUGGCGUAGCCAGGAUUUGUGUAUGGGGGGUGUUAAGAAGCAUGCCCCCCCUCCCCCCCCCCUGUAUUAACGCGGGGUGUCCGGGGGUCCUCCCCCGGGAAAAUCUGGAUUUUAAGGAGUAAAAUAGUGCUAUUUUAGCGGUUUUCGGUACUUACAUUUAAAUAUUGUAAUGGUAAAAAUUGUAUUAAUUUUAAUAUGAAAUUUGUUUUAGUGAUGAAUAAGAAAUUAAUUAAAGAUUUGGUGCUAGGGAGGGGGGGGUUUCAACCCCUAACCCCCCCCCCCCCGGCUACGCCCCUGCGUCGGUUAAAUGAACGUUGGGGGAAUUCUGGGAAGCCUUCUUUUUCACAGACGAGAGAGCCAAACGCCCGAUCGUGCAUCUUCGUUUUUUUUUUUUUUUUUUGGUUCAUUGUAAAUAAGUAUGGCCUCGUGGCCGUGCGGUCAGCAUCGCUAACUUCCAAAUUGUAAAUACAUAUGGUGGUGUUGAUAAAAGGAUAAGUACUAAUUGUCAAUUUGUUUAGAUUAGCUACAUUAUAAAUACUUUAAAACAUUGUGGACUGUUGAUAUCGGUUAGGAUUGCUGCAUUAAAAGAUAUGGAAAAAAAAAGCAUGAACUUCGGGUUUUGGCUCUCUCUCGUCUGUGAAAAGAAGGCUUCCCUGGAAUUCUGCCAAGUAAUGAGUAGAUCGCUGUCUUUAGAGAGCUGUUAUAGAAUACGUUCAGUAUGUAGCGCUUGUCAACCUCCUGCAGAUUCUCUCAUUAACUUAAAGCACUACAUCAGUUUGCACUUCUGAAGGUCAUAGAUUAAUUUUAACAAUUCACGCACGAGAAGAAACAAAUAUUUCCAAUUAAUGUGUUAUAGGGUGCAGCACUGUGUUCUUAUGCCCAAGAAGUGUAAAAACAAAAACAAAAAAAAUACAAUUGCAGAAUUCACCCUUACGGUAGUUUUUCAUGAGCGGGGCGGGUUAUAUAUUCCCCCUCCCUCUCUUCAGGUCAGGGGUUAGGGGGCAGCUGCCUUCCCCUUAAGAAAUUAAAAAAUAUAUAUAAUAAAAAUUAAAAUGUAUAUAUUAACAGCUUUUUAUUGUUAUUUCAACACUUUCAAAAGAAACUAUUGUUAGAAAAAAUUAUUAUUUUUUUAAAUAAAUAAUUUUCUUCCUUUUUA